GUCACCUGAAAAGGGGGCGGAGUUUAAGCGCCCACUCGUCUGGCAGAAAUAAAACUUACGUAUUAUUGACAAAUAAUGGAUGAACGAACUCACAACCAGAUGCUUUGGAACUAUAUUGAUUUCCCCGAGUCAGACUGACACUCGUUGAGGAAGAGACCCUCAGUGAGGACCAGGAGGUGUGUGCUGCUCGCCUCCGGGUGUCUUCGUCAUCGUACAUUUUGUCCACUGUUCCACUUCCCAUCUUUAUUACUUAGCCGCCCAUGACUAGAUCCCUCCCCCCAGCGAUGGCCCCUUUUCCUAACAGGGAGAAGAGUUGGCUGGCACCCGCAGCCUGGCACUUGUAUACCAAGGGAUGGUGCCUCCACUAUCACUCUGCGGGCUCCUCGCUACGCUACAUACCCCGCAGGGCAGUCCUUUACUGCCCGGCCAAUGAUGAGCGUAAAUUAAAGAAACUAUCUUCUCUGGAUGUCGAUUGUGCCGUCUUGGACUGUGAAGAUGGCGUUGCCCUCAGCAAAAAGACUGAAGCGAGAGAGACCAUACCAAGAAUGCUGGAGGAACUCCAACUUGGCCGCACAGAGAAGUGUGUGAGGGUGAACUCGGUGUCCAGCGGCCUGGCCGAAGCCGACCUGGAAGUCAUCUUGCAGAGCAGAACCCUCCCUCCGGCCAUCAUGCUUCCUAAGGUGGAAGACACAGAGGAGGUUCAGUGGUUUGUUGACAGGUUUCAGCGCCACUUGAAAGCACGACCACUGACAGAACCCAUUCGUCUGGUCACCUUUGUGGAAACCGCUGUGGGUCUGCUUAAUUUCAAGGUGGUUUGUGAGGAAAUCCGGCGACUCGCUCCUCAAGCUGGACUUCACCAUGAUGGCGUGGUGUUUGGCUCGGAUGACUUCUGCGCCAGCAUAGGAGCCACUCGGACAAAGGAUGCCAGAGAGCUGCUUUACGCUCGGCAGAAGGUGGUUGUGACCACAAAGGCUUUUGGGCUGCAGGCUAUCGACCUGGUCUACAUCGACUACAAAGACGAGGAAGGGUUAAGGCAACAGGCCAGAGAGGGGGCUCUGAUGGGCUUCACAGGGAAGCAGGUUAUCCACCCGGGGCAGGUCCAGGCGGUGCAGGAGGAGUUCUCGCCCAGUCAGCAGAGAGUCCAGUGGGCCAAAGAGCUCAUUGCUGCUUUUGAACAACAUCAGAAGGAGGGAAAGGGUGCGUUCACAUUCCGUGGCAGCAUGAUUGACAUGCCUUCGCUCAAGCAGGCGCAGAACAUCAUAACGCUGUCAGCUGCGGUGCCACAGCAAUGACUGGACGAGACGGUUGUUCGGGAAGGAGGCCGAGACUGACACUUUUUUUUCCCCCUGGGUUGCUCAGACGAAGACUUCAUUUCCGUCAUACGUGUUUCACAUUUGGCAGUAAAUGUGUGGGAAAAUGUGUUUGCGACCACAGCGUCGCCUCCACUCCUCGCCCAGGUCAAGCUACAGACGCCAUCAUCCCGGGGUCUAGACAGCUGGGCGAAAGGGUAAACAAACACAAUAAGCUGCUGGUUUGUGUCUGUGCUCAUCCAGACCCCUCCCACGCCCCUCUCAUGUCUGACACUGGAAGUGUGUUAACCUCCUCGCCAGCAUAUGAAACUCUGCAUCCACACUUUCAUCCGGCUUUUCUUCUUUUUUUAAAGACUUUGAAAAGAUGAAUCGUUCGUCAUCUGUUUGCUUGCCAGUCUGGACAAACUGUCGAGUGUAAAAUGUUUUAUCGCAGUUGUGAGUCAAGAAAAUGAACUGCAACAAUAAAUAGUGUUUGGACAAAUCAACAAACUCUGAAUGCUUCUCAAGCUCUGCUCAAGUGUCUCUACCUUAAUUUCAUGUGUCACUCGCUCCUCACGUUUGAGGAAGUUGUCAAAAUAUUGAGCAGUAGUUUGUUGUUUUUCUGUGGCACGACCGCUUGUGCAGAUAAAGGCUUCAGUCACUUUUUUGAUGUCACUGACCCUGAUUUGUGUCAUGUUUACAUCCUGUGCUCGAGGAGUCCCGAGGAUCAACAGUCCCCUCAGGCCUUGUCCACAUCAAGUCUUUUGCCUGCUGAUAUUUUUUCACCGCGGUUUUCAUGAAAAAAGUGCCCUGCGUCUCCAUGGAAGCAGUGGAGCAUACAAGCCAGGCUCAUGCCUUGUAUUAGUAAAUAGUGCUAAAGUGUGACGCUUGCUAGCUUGUGUGCUGUACAGCAACCACAGAAGAGGGUCAGCAAAACGCUCCCACGAGGUAUCAAUGUUUUUUCGGGCAACUCUUGACCACAAAUCGACAAGCUUUUCAGAAGGCCGACGUGUCGGUCCGACGAUGGAAUGGAGGGGCGGGGCUAUGACGUAAUUGAUUUCGAAACCUGUAUUUUCCAAUGAAUGAAACUUCUAAUCCGACACCGAACUUUCACGGCGGAUAUGGCUGAUACUUUCUUUAAGUGAACAGUUUGGCCAUUGUAUACUCCUGUUGUCAGGUGUGCCAUACUUAUUGGCUGUGUACGAUGAAUAUCAUAUAAAUACCAUAAUUUUGCCCUCACUACGAUGUUUGGUCAGAAAUAAUUCCAAAGGCCGAUUAAUUUACUCAGUAUGUGAUUGUGUGGUUACCACUGGUAACUUUGGUUACGAUAGUUUCUCAAGUACAAUAAUGCGACAUUUCCCAUCUGGCAGUUCUAUUUUUUCUAAGACCAGUACACUCAUGGCCGUACUGCAGGGUUUAACAGAGCAGGUGACUUGAUUCUGCAGGAUGGAUCAAUGUGGUGACUGAGGUUGGAACCGUCUUGGCAGUCGCCAUUAUUCACGUUUGUUUUCGUCACUAAAGCGGUCGAAAUUUUAAAUGGGUUGUGAGUCGCAUUGCUAAUAUGACUUACGUCUGUAACUAGUAGCGGAUGCUAAAUUUAGCCUAGCUAACUUCUUUUAUAUACAUAGUCCUCCUUCACCACCAACCAAGAACUCUUUGUGAAUUUCAGUCUGCUGACAUCCAUUUUUGGGGAAGGCCCCGGAUUCACUGGUGACAUUUGAGAGCUCACUCUAAGACACUUAAGAACUACAAAACAUUGGGGGUGAUAUCGCGUUCCUGGAUUUGAUAUUGAGCAAACUUUUUUUAUGUUUCGUAUAGUGACUUGGCUCACGGAAGCAUUGGACCAGGGAAGUAAGGCUAGAAACUGUGGUUUUAUUUUCUUGGAAAUUGACGGGAUCCAUACCUUCCUGAACUGUUGUUUGUCUUGUGUGCGAAUAGUUAGAUCUGGAUGAAUCUUGGAGGAAAAGCAAAGAAGCCUCUUGGACCAUAAAGAUCUAAUUGAGGACAGAGGCUUUUGUGUGCAGCCUUGAUGGAGGCGUCAGACGCGCGGUGACCUCCGGUGAGAAGGAGCGGGCUUUACGACCUUGUUAAGCCUCACUUCCUGCCACUUCUACGGGAAUAAAAGUUGUUGUUGUUGCAUCUGCACUUUUCUUUUCCCGGCUUAAUUGACUCUUACUUUGCAGUCCCGAAUGAAUGUUCUCUGACUUUGUGGGGAAAAAAGUGGGUGUGAUGUUGGAGUGAGACAGAUUAGUGGUCAUGUUGCUCCAGCAGACCAGGACCGAGGCUUUGUCUCUGUGACUGUGGACGGCAGGAUAAUUGGGGGGGUGUUGAAUGGUUAAUAGUGCCAUUGGUGACCAUGGUAAUGAAAAGGCACCAUGCCUCCCCUUCCCCACCUCAUCCACUCAUCUUUCUCCCGCUCUUCCGUGUACUGUAUGAUUCAUUGUGUCUGCAGCCGAACCGUGGUCUGUGCCAGGCCGGGCCAGACAAAAAGACCCGUAGCCACUCCUGCUCUCAGC